AUGGCAAAUACUCUCACCCUUUCGUCUGCGGUUGUCGCCGGGGGCCCGUUUGAGCAGCAAGGCUCUAUUGACUGGGUCCAAAUCGCCAGAAUGUCCGUUUCCGUGCCCAUCUCUAUUCUCGCACGCGUUACAGCCGCCGAUAUUUCUCCCCUCACGAUCGUCGUGGGUCAGGAAAUGUCGUCGCUUUUCCGAUUGUCUACCACCGGACAUGAACGUCUCAUCAAGGCACUUGGCGAACUGAAGAGCUUCUCUGCUAUCGGAGACGCCAUCUGGUUUGGAUUCGGCAUCAAGCACAUAGUCCGAGUCCUGGCAGAGACCCACAAAGGGCUGACAUGCCUGACACUUUGUGCGUGUCUUUCUGAAAUCCAUACUCCAAAGGCCUGCGCCGAGAUACUGAUCAGAUUGGCCGAUGCUUGCGACGCCCCGGAGGAUCUAAGACCUUCUGCUAGUCAAUGGAUUAAUCUGGUAGAAGCCUGUUCCGGAACUCUGAGGUCGACGACCUUUGCAUGCAUCGCGGAGCAGUUCAUGGCAUUCCAUCGUCAUCACGUGAGCGAGACUUACGCAGACGAGGCUGCAGAUGUCGCUAAAGCCUUGCUCGCUGUCGCCCGUGUUUCCUCGGGUGUGCUGAGUUCGGUAACACUUACGGGUGGUCGCUCUUGCGGAUGGAUCGCUGCUAUUGGCUUCUACUUCCUCGGUUUGGAGGUCGAGAUUCGAAGUGCCGACUAUGCUACGAUCUACAAGUCCACAACCAACUAUGACUCAAUUCGUCUGCUGGUCAUAUACGAAACGGCACAGUCCCCCCAGGUCCAGGUCAGCAGCACUGAAUACUUCAUCAACUCGAUUGACAACGUCAUGUCAAGCCCUGAGCAGCGGUUUGAUACCGUUAUGUCUGGCACCAUCCAGUGGGGCCGUUGUCUUUCAACGACGUUUGGGGAACCCAUCGGGCAGCUUCUGAAGGCGAAGGAGGACUUUGGACUGUUAAUCGGGGCUGCCGCACUCGUCUUCCAAGGCUUGACCAACUCGGAAACCAGCAGCAUAUCGGAUGGUGAAGACGGGAUCAGUUGGUUUGGUUUCCGGCAAAGUCAAUAUGGGAUUGGAUUUGCGAAUUCCGUCACCUCGUUGUUUCCUGAGCUUUCCCGCCUGUUUCCCUACAUUCGCCGCAACAUGAACAUGUCCGUUGACGAUUCUGUUAAGGCAUAUGACAGAGCAUACGAGAACUUGACUGGUUUCUGCAAGUGCUACCGAUGUUCCAACUCCGAGGACUCAUGGAGUUAUUGCCUUGGUACAUUGGCCGAAACCAUUAUUUUUCUUACCUGGAAUGUUUCAGCUCUUCAAAUUCACGCAGAUCUCAAGCCUUACCACUCUGGCUUAAUAUUCAUAUAUCAACUUCACUCCCGCGAGGCUAUGGCUGACUCAAGUUUCGGAGAGAGAUUUAGAAUCGCUAGGCAUAAUAGAGCCCGCUGUUCUAAUCUCGUAGAACGUCUCGACCUUGCUUCAAUAUACCAUACAGCGCAAUUUCUGUAUACAAACAGCCAUUACCCUCUCCAGGGGUGCCAGGCACUUAGCGCCACUUCCGUAGGGGGAAUCUGCUUCUAUUUUGACAUCUUGCGGGAAGUGUCAGAUCGACCGGAGGAUAUCAUGACCCUACAUGUUGUACCUGGAAUCAUUCAGACGAAAGCGGGUAGGAAGUAUUCAUUCAUCGCAGACAAAACUAGCACGAUGCAUAAUAACCUCUUACAUCUUGACCCGCGAGACAACAUGUUACACCAGAGAACCGCUGAGUAUAAGGUCAAUUACCAGGCUCGCAUUACGGAGAAGCUGCGUGGUAAUAUGUCGAUUUCUACACUCAGCAUGGACACAGGGAGCUCUGAUCUGAACGUUAAGCUGUGUGUUGAAGAGUCUACGAGCGGCUUGCUUGUUGACCUUCAUUUUCUCAGUUUUGCUGGAACUUGUCGAGUUGGGGCAUAUACCAUGCUCAAAGAAAUCAUCGAGAACUCAGGACUAGUCUCGUGCACUCACCGCAAUUGUCCUGGGAUGAAUCAGAUUAAUUGCAACGUGUCAGUCGCAGACGGAGAAGGGUCUAUGCCUGAAGACCUUCCGCCGAAAGUCUACGUACGUAGGCUUGCGGGCAAUCCUUUGGCGAGAUGCGUUGGACUUCUGGUCAACAGAGCAUGGAGGGAUCCUCCGCCCAUAUUGCGCCAGGGGGAGUGUAUACCAUGCUGUGUCAGGACUGCUGCCAACAUGCGAUAUGAUCAUCCUAUGUCUCCAUCCUAUGUUAUUCUUUGA